GGGAGUGUAGUCAAAUGGGUGUGACAAGACAUAUUCACAUAACCGCUCUCCCCAGUCACAUGCUCCAGUGCAGGUGCAUGAUUCUACAACUCAUCUGCUGAAACGAAGUGCUUGCCAUUAUUUGUGACAAUCGGCUACUUAACGUGAGAACCCUUUUGCCAUUUACUGAGUUCAACAUGUCCCAGCCUUAUUCUAGCCCAGCGGCUGUGCCACCUGGUUUGGAGUACCUUUCACAGAUUGACCAGAUAUUAGUCCAUCAAAACAUUGAGCUCCUUGAAGCCAUUAUUGGCUUUGAGACUAAUAAUCAGUAUGAGAUUAAGAACAGCCUGGGCCAAAAGAUCUUCCAUGCUAAAGAAAACACUGACUGCUGCACACGGAAUAUCUGUGGUCCUCUGAGGAGCUUUGAUCUGCAGAUAACAGAUAAUUUUGACCAGGAAGUGAUUCACUUAAUCAGGCCUUACCGCUGCAUGUCCUGCUGUUGCCCUUGUUGUCUUCAAGAGAUGGAGGUGCAGUCUCCACCAGGGAAUACAAUAGGCUACAUCAAGCAAGACUGGCAUGUGUUUAGGCCCAUGUUCUCCAUCUAUGACAUGUCCAAAACAAAGGUGCUGUCCAUCGAGGGGCCAGCGUGUGCUGUCAGCUGCUGUGGGGAUGUGGAUUUUGAUGUUACCGGUAAGGACGGGCAUCCAAUUGGUCGUAUCAGUAAACAGUGGACUGGCCUGAUCAAAGAGUCACUGACUGAUUCAGAUAAUUUUGGAAUUAACUUUCCCAUGGACCUGGAUGUGAGGAUGAAAGCAGUUCUGCUGGGAGCAUGUUUCCUUAUAGACUUCAUGUUCUUUGAGGCGACUGGUGACUCAGGACAGCGAUGCAGUGUGUUUGGCUAAUAGGGAGUGGGGGAAAGAUUGAGGUUCUUGAUGAAACUUCUCUGGUAUAUUCAUGUGUAGUAUCACUAGUUACAACUUGUAUGUACUUCUUUGUUCUAAAGUCAGGAAAAUCACUAUAAAAGAAUUUUAAUCCAAACCGGAUAUAGAUAAACUUGUUUUUAGUGAUGAUUUUCCCUUUCUUUAAAAGUAAAUAAUUAAAUAAAGGAUUUCCUACUGAAA